AUGUUUGACAUUGCUCUAAAAGCUACUGGUAAUAUUGAAAUGGAGACUGAUGAUGCUACUUUCCACAAACAAUCAGACUCUGGCAGUAAUGAUUCAAGCACAAUCAAGUAUAAUCUGAAUGUGGAUUCACUUUGUUCUGGUACUGUGAUUGGAUUUGGAGCAACUGGUCAAGUCAUUCAACUCAAUGACUGCAACAUUGUUGUCAAACAUUGUGAUUCAUACAACAAUCUUGAUGCAUUCAAAAUGCUAAUCAAAUAUCAAUUUACGAAAAGCUCACCAAACUCAAUCUACAAUAUGUUGCACGCUAUUAUGGAGAAUGAUACUUUUUCCAGAUGCGAGUUAUAUAUUGGGCACCGACUGAUACCAGUUUUAUCAACCAGUGUUUACAGCCAAACUAUGUCCAAAGUUGCCAAAAAACAUCAAAUUAUCGGAGAUGAGGGAAAUUGUCAAAAUCUUUAA